AUGUGCUUAAGAAAAAAGUUCUUGUUUAACUUCUUGGAGAAGGGAAAAGUGGUCCUUCUGGUGAAUGUGAAGCGAAAAAAUGUCAUCCGCGUGAGUAACUGCUACGUGAACAAUUUGAUAUACACGAGGGAGGAUGACAUAUAUAGGAUAAACCAGGUGGAGAGUUGCUCCCCCCGGGGGGGGAAGGCAGCGGGUGGGCUCAGCAUGGAGGAAGUGGUCGGUAGGUCCACCGAUGGGUUGACCGAUGGGGUGACCAGUGGGUUGACCGAUGGGUUGACCAGUGGGUUGACGGAUGGGUUGACCAAUGGGUUGACGGAUGAGUCGAGCAUCAUCUCGAACAGCAAUUUGGGAAGCGUGGACAACGUGGACAACUUGGCGGCAGAACGGAGAGACGACAGAGUGCAUAGCGGCACUGAAGGGAGGAGCAGCAACUCCACGUUUCUCCGUAACCAGUUUGAGCCAUCCGAUUACGAACUGCAAAUGUACAAAAACAAGUGGAAAAUUCCAAUUUACUGGAUAAAAAAAUUGGAACGGCUAAAAAAUAUGAACGCCAUUAAUUGUAUAGAUCAUUUAAAGGAUGAUAAUUUACUCUACUUUGAUAAUUACAAAAAUAAAGGAUUGCUAAAAUUUUUAAAUGAAAAAAAAAAAAAAUACAACAAUUGCAUCAUUUUGGUAAGAGUUGGAGAUUUUUAUGAGACAUAUGGAUUGGAUUGCAUAUUUCUAAUUGAAUUUUUAAACAUAAAAAAAAUGAACAACAAAUUAUCAUGUGGAUUUAUCAAGACAAGCAUCAACAAAGCUUUGCAUAUCCUCACGAAUAAUAAUUUAAAUAUCUGUGUGUAUGAGGAGAUGAAUGAGAAAUCUUUGAAAAUGAAAAAAAGGUACCUUUCUCAGAUUGUAACUCCUGAGUUUCCCAUUUAUUUGAAUAAUAUACAAUACUGCCAGGGGGAGAGUAACAACAUGGAGGAAUCCGCUGACAAAGGGAAUAGCAACCUUUUUUUUCAAUCGUACGACUUGGAGGACUACUUCGUGGUGAAGGAAAUCGUGUGCAUUUACAUCGAAAGUAAGAAUAUUUUUUCCCUUUGCAAAAUCAACCUAAGUUUGAAAACCAUUUCUAUAUUUGACAAUAUAACGUUCGAUGUGCUAAAUAUUUAUUUGAAGAACACCAACUUUUUAAAGGCUUACAUUCAUCAGCACCACAAUUUGAGCUUCACCAACAAAAUUACGCAGCUGUUUCGGGUCGAGAACUACUACCUUUUUAGUAACUUCAGCAGCAGUUUGAGUUUCCAUCUGUUCAUUUUGGACAAGCUCAAGCGGCAGAUCAAUGUGGCAGGCCUGUUCAGGCUCAUAAGGAACAAGAGCGUGUUUCGCGUUAGGAGGGGUGGCGAUUUGGGGGGGGAUAGCAAUGUGGUGAGGGAUGGCGAUUUGGGGAUGGAUACCGAUAUGGGGAUGGAUAGCAAUGGGGGGAUGGAUAACAAUGCGGGGAUGGAUGACUGCCCCCCGCCGGAGAAGCCCGGCAAGGAUGCGCACACGUACUACUCGUAUUGCACCCCCCUGAACAUAUUCACGAGUUACAACAUGGGCGUGUACAGACAGAAUAACUGCUACGAUAACAGAAGGAGUUACCUCUUCUACAACAUAGUAGAUGUGGAUAAUAGUGACUCUAACAGCAUCAACAUUAACGAGUCGAUGGAAUUUUUUAAAAAUAUUUUCCUUUUCUAUCCCCCAUUCGAAGUCACCAAACAUAUAAGAUACAUAAAUGAGUACAUCCACAAGAACCAACAAAAUUUAAUCAUACCCAAUGUUAGACCGUUUAGAAAUAACAUUAUUGUGACUCUCCUGUCUAACUUAAAAGCUGACCAUACCACAUUGAAGAAAAUAUAUACCAACGUGGAAGCAGUACAGAAGUGCAUGAAUCGAUUCGAGUACUCUCUAUUGACAUCCAUUUUUCGAGUGAUGAAUCAUCAGAAUAGCUUUAAUUUAAAUGUUGUAAAAUUUUAUCAUUUGCUGAAAAAUAUUGAAAAUAUUUUAGCUGCCAAUUUGGAAUUACAUCCCUCCAAUUUUUUUUCUCCUUCUGAAAUUGCUUCCUUUAAUGACUUCGUUUUUUAUCAUGAAAGUGAAGUACAUAAUUUAGUUAAUGAGAAUUUACUCAGUCAACAGAAUGAAGAGAUCGUAGCUGCUAGGAACGACUUAUUUGAAACGGUCAUUCGGGAUUAUGCUGAUGGUGAGCAGAAUGGGAAGGAGACAAAAUACGAUUUAGAUGGUCUACAAAAAAUUAUAAAAGUGGAUAACACUAAUGACAUUAUUGGGAUAAAGAAGAAAAAGAAGAAUUUCCAAUCUGCUCAUUUCUUUCACCCGUUGAAUAAAAAAUCGGACGUGAUGAAAAACGUUUAUGUGACUGAACAUGUGCAAAGGAAAGUCAGGAGUUACUUGUCCGCCAUUGACAGGAAGAGGCGUCGAAUUAGUGAUAUCAUUCGUGGCAUCGUGCAGGUCGGUCGCGUGGCGCAGUUAGCGUUCUUGGGUUUAGGGUUUAGGGCCCUCUACAACCACACCAUAAACAGCAUCAAACGCAAGUGGAGCCUUCCCAUCUGCAAGCACCUAACUGUGACGUACGAAGAGCAGACCUUCGACAACAUCGACGAGAAGCUGCGUUACAUGCAGAGGUGCCUAUACGACGAGGAAGAAAACACAGCAGGGAAGAACAACCCGGAUGGAAUGAGCGAUCCUUUGGACCAUCCAGAUGGGCAGCAUUUUAUCCAACUGAGCGAAGAAGAAGAGAAACAAAUUUCACAGAAUGUCGAUCCCGAUUCAGUUGGAGAGAUAAAAAAAAUUUAUAAAAAAAAAAAUUACAUGAAUGACUCUCUGACGUAUAUUUUAGGAGCCAAGCCGUACAAUAUGAGUAAAGACAAUUUAGUCAAGUACGAUAUUUUUUUAAAAAAAAAAAAAUUCAUUUUGUUGACUGGCAAAAAUAUGAGCGGAAAGACGACUCUGUCGUUUACGUUGCUGUGUAUCCUUUUUCUGGCCAACCUGGGUAUGUACGCCCCCUGCGAGGAGAAAAGCAUCGUUUCCAAGUUCCGCGAAUUCUACAGCUUAAAAAAUGUGAACUACCAAGAGCAGAUCGAGAACAUGUCCCUGUUCAGGGAGCAGACGUACUACAUAAAUUCGAUAAUCGAGGAGAUCAAGGAAAAUUGCCCCUUUUCCAGGCAGUCCUCUCGGGAUGGGGAGAUAUUCAUUCUGUUCGAUGAACCUUGCAUAGCGACUACGCCAGUUGACAAUGCGGUGAUCAUCAGUGCCCUGUCUGACUACCUCCAAAACUACUGCGGAAUAAUAAUCACACACAACUACGACUUGCUGAGGAAAAUUUGCCUGAACGAAAAUAUCGUUUUUAAAAAAAUAAAUGAACGAAUUAAUUAUUUGACAACACAAACAUAUGAACAAAGAGCCACGCUGGAAAAUGGCGUUUGUAAAAACAGCGAAGCGUUGGAAACGUGUAGACACACAAAGGUUGAUGGUAAAAUGCUGGACCUCUUAACUUACUACCAACAGAAAUACAAGCUGAUUCAUAAUUUAAGUGACACUCUGUAUUACAAAUUUAUGGAGUACGUAAAGUGUAAAGAUGGAAAAGGUGGAAAAAAAAGCGUGAACGAUUUUUUUGAAUAUUGUAUGAAUGGACCUUUGGAGGAAGGAAAAACACACAAAGGUGAUGUUGACGAGGGAGAGAAAAUGAUCGAUACAUUGGAGGGAGACAGCUGGAAAAAUAUGACACCUUGUUUGGAAUUAUUGCGGAGAGUAGACCCCGAAGAGGGAGCUGCCAAAAUGGGGAAUAAUUCGAAUGUGAGGGGGGAAGAGCCAUAUGUUGGAGGCUUCCCCAACUGUAGUGAUAAUAAAAACUUGGGGAGCGCCCCUCAGGACGCGGAAAUGGUUCGCGGGAUGGCCCGUGGAAUGACCCACGAAAUGACCCGCGAAAUGACCCGCGAAAUGACCCACAAAAUGCAGGAAAAAGAACUUACCGUGGCAAUGGAACAAAUCGAAGAUGCAGUGAAAAGAAAAGUAUUUAAAAUUGCGAUGAAUGAGGAUGUGCCCAUUUUUUUUAAAAACAAAAGUGUAGUUUACAUUUUGUGCAUUUUUGCCAAGAAAAAAAAAACCCUAUUUUUACAUAGGCAUAAGUGA